GUUAAUCAAACCCUCCAACUUUGUUUAUCAGAGUAGGAAGUAACAUUCACGAAGAGAAUUACAACAAAAUUUUCAUCAUGAAGCUGUUAUUAUUCUUAUCAUUGAGUUGUUUGUUAUUUAGCACAUGUCUUGGUGCGUCAACAACUCCACCUAAAACAACAGAUUCCCCGACGACGACGCCGAAACUGACGACAAAAGCGCCGACUCCUGCUCCGACAUCAGCCGUAACAUCAGGAAUUCUCAGGUUCCUUGGCCUAAGUGACACAACUCAGGCACCGCCUACCACAACUUUGCCCCCUGCAGAACAGUGUAAGAGGGCGAAUGACAGCUGCGAUUCCUGUAUUGGUGUUGGCAAAACCCAGUGUGUUUGGUGCCAAUCCACCAAGGCCUGUAUGCUGAAACAACACGUGAUCCCAACAUCAGAGUGUGCGUUGUCUGACGCCAGAUGGGCAGUUUGCUGGUUGAACUAUGAGGCCCUGAUAAUCGCUUGCAGUGUGAUCGGUGGGCUGCUCGUUCUGGGCCUCACCGUGUGUAUCUGCUGCUGUUGCUGCUGUAAGGGCAACAACAAGGCCAAGUAUGCCAAGGAAGAUGCCAAGUUUGAGCGCAAGAAGGCGGACCUGAAAUCUAAACAUGAAGACAAGAAAGCGGAGAGGAAAGCCAAAAAUGAUGAAAUUAGGAGAAAAUAUGGUUUGGUCAAGGACGACAACCCAUACACCAGGUUUGACGAUGGAACUGGCAACUAAACAGAAGUUAUCUCCCUUUGAUAGGAAAUGGAAUCUGCCAUACUUUUUUGUUAUAAUUUAAACAUUAACUUUACUGAAGAUCAGUGGCACCCAAAGAUAAUAAACAUAAGCUGAGAUAUAUUUGUGAAUUUGAUUGCAGUUAAGAGAUUGAAAUUACCUUAACAGUUAAAGGUAACUAAUAAUGAUAAAAAUAGUACAUACAAAGUAUAAAUAGUACAUACAAAGUAUAAAUAGUACAUACAAAGUUUGGCUGUAUAUAUUGAAAUAUUAAGUUGUGUCAAGCAGAAACUUUGAACUUAUAUUGCUUUAACAAGUCUAAGAUGAUGUAAAGAGUUAAUCAAAACAUUCCCAUGAAACGGCUUAAGAUCCAGUUGAAUUUCAAAAUGAUAACAUGGCGUGUAUUAUACACAAUUUAUUGUACACAAUUAGAUAUGCUGAAAUGAAAUGUAUUCCAAAAGAAGUAUUCCAUUUUUGUUUAAGUUAUAUGUAACUGACAUUCUGGUGGUGCUGUUAAAAAAUAUUUUUGUAAAAACAGAUGUAAGGAUUAUGCUAAGCAAUAUUUUUUUGGAAAUGUACAUAUGCUGUUUUGCUUUGAAAUGAUAAUAUUGAUCAUAUUUAAUAUUUUUAUAAUGCUCUGAAAUCAUAUCCAUUAUAUUGUUUGAAAAAUCAUUUUCUUUUCUUUAUGUGUAAAAAAUAUUUUCUAGUUUUAGUCAUUUCAAAUUCCAUUUGUUAAUGACGCAAAGCUACAGCUGAAAAGUGAAAGUAAAAGUUUAUUUUUGGCCUGUGGUUUAUAGAUGGAUGCUUUUCUCACAAUUAUUUCCAUUCCUUUUAUGGGCUUUAUUUUGAUGUACAGAUGAAUAAUAUGAAGAGAAUUUGUUGAUUGAAUGUGUUACAGUGAAAUUUUAUUCAUUGAUCGUUGGUAACUUUCAUGUUUUUGAUAAUUACAUGUUAAUUGUAAUGGUGAUUAUCACAAUUCUCCAUUUUUUACAUUUUGCGUCCUUUUACAUGACGAUCGAAAGACAGAUAUAGUAAAUAUAGUUAGAACAUAAGAUGAUGCACAAGUCUGUCUGGUAGGAAUAUUAUCCACCGAGGUCAUUUUAAUGUAUUUUUGUUUGUUUGUCAUGUUUCAAAGUUGCUUUGACUUUGUCUGUGUGUUAAGUGUUUUUGGUUUUGAUAUCAUUGGUUGGCGAGGCACAUAUGUAAUAUGUAAACCAACACACACAUACAUACAUAUACAAUUAUAAACUAGAGCUUUGAUAUUUGAACUUCUACAAAAUGAAGGGUGUCUUAUUGUUAAUUGGUGAAAAUCUAUGUGAUUUUAGCAUCAUGUCUAAUGCAUUUUACAUGAACAGAAUUGUGACUAUCCAUGCACACAUCCUUGACCUUCUGGGUCAACAAAUAGGCUCUGUCGUCCUGCGUGCAUUCACAACAAACUAUGACGUCAUAUGUGCUGCUAAUGCCAUGAUGGGUUCUGUUUGUUGCGGUUCAUUUUCAAGUCUGCUUUUGAGUUUGUUCAAUGUUUACCUGGUGAUUUUUAUCUUACAUUCAAGGUCUGUUUGUUGUUGUGCUAACAGCUGUGUGAUACUGAAACGUAGGGAAAUAAUGCUAAUUUGUUCUGAAUUGCAAACUUACUGCUUAUUCAAUCUUUAACUCGACUAAGAAUUUUUAACAGCUUCACUCAAUACAUACACAUAUAAUUAAGCAGAUUCAUAAAAAAAUGUACCAAUUUUUCAUUACUUGUAUGUUCGUAUCGUCCAUUGUUACAGUUACUGCACAUAUGUGAAUAUGUUGAAAAAAGUGGUAUUUUAAUGUUUAAUGUUACUCGCCGAAAAAUCAUCCUGUUACCUUUUAUGAUGCUGUAACUUCUUUACAUUAAAAAUCUAACAUUUUUA